AUGUUCAAGUUCAAAAAAGACAAAAUCGGUGCUACCUGGAUGGGCGCUUUGAACCCAAAAGGAUUUAUAAAUGUAAUAAAAAAGAUAGCCGCACCCGCAAUGGCUGCAAUAACAGCAGCUGCUGCGGCAAUUACAGCGAUCACACCUGCUGAAGUUCCGCCAGCAGAGACUGCCUCUGUGCCCGACGCCAUCCAAAUUGUUCCAUUGCUUGCAGCACUGCCGUUACCGUGA